GUCCUUCUCUCCUCCUCCAUUCCUUUCUUCCUUGCUUGCGUCUCUCUCUCUGCUCACACAACACAAACUCACAAUCACCGUCACAAUCACACUCUCUACAGUUUCACCUCUCUUGUCUACUCCUUCUUAUAACCCGUCAUAAUCACCACAAUAAUUUCAACUAAACUACACACUUCAUUUCAUUCAUGGGUAUUACCCACAUGUUCUUCUUCUUCCCUCAAGCUUCAAUUUUUCAGCUUCCACUCAAACCUUAAAGCCUCCACUAACCGAAGAACAAAACCGUUAUUGAAACUGCAACAAGUACACAGUGCCCCAACUUACCACAUGGGAUUGGGAUUAAUAACCACCCAAGCAACGACCAAAUCCCAGGUAGCCUUUCAUGGAGUCAUCAUCAUCAACAUCAUCAUCAUCGACAAGAAGAACAACAUCAACCGAAAUAACAUCAACAUCGUUGAUGGCGAUACAGAAUUCCUUCGACUCCGUUUAUUCCCGCUACGCACGCGAGGCGCUCGACGAAUUGCCUGGUAACUUCACCAUCACCGACCCAUCAAUCCCAGGCCACCCAAUCAUCUUUGCCAGCCAAGGCUUCCUCAAGAUGACCGGUUACGACCGAGACGAGGUUGUCGGAAGAGGUGGGGCCAUGUUCCAAGGUGAUAGAACUUCUAGAAGGUCGGUGAUGGAGGUCAGGGAGGCCGUUAGGAAUGAUCGGAGCUGCCAGGUCAGCUUGCUUAACUACCGCAAGGAUGGGACACCCUUUUGGAUGCUCUUUCAUGUGAGUCCUGUUUUUGGAAGGGAUGGUGGCCGGGUUGUUCACUUUGUGGCGGUUCAGGUUCCUUUGGAAGGGAGAAGGCUGAGGAGGCGACGGUCUAUUGGGUGCCGGAGAGGUAGCGGCGAUGACGGUGGUAGUGGCGAUUAUGUUCUCGGGUGUUGUAGGAAGGAGGUGUGCAAUGAUAACAGCUUGGAGGUUGAGUUAGUUUCUUCCAUGGAUCACGGGUUGGACCAUGAUACUAGAGAAUUGGACAGUGACAAGCCGUGUGAGGCAACUGACGACGAGAAGAGAAGCGCGAUGGUUGCAAUGGACAACAUUUUUUCUGUGCUAACUCACUACAGCGAGUCAACAGGCAGAUUGGUAUGUAGAAAGAGAUGCAGCAUACCUGACAUGGGUCUUCUUAGCACUUCCUUGAUUAUUUCUCUUGGUAGAAUCAAACAAAGCUUUGUAUUAACUAAUCCGCAUUUACCUGACAUGCCUAUUGUAUAUGCCAGUGAUGCCUUCUUGAAUUUGACAGGUUAUGCAAGGGAUGAAGUUUUGGGCCGCAAUUGUAGAUUUUUGGGUGGACCGGAUACUGAUGACUCAACUUUAUAUCUGAUAAGGGAAAGCAUUAAAAAUGAACAACCAUGCACAGUACGUAUUUUGAAUUACAGGAAGGAUAGAAGCUCAUUUUGGAACCUUCUCCACAUCUCACCCGUACGUGAUGCUUCUGGCAAGGUAGCAUACUAUGUUGGUGUUCAAAUAGAAGAUGAGUGUAAAAACGAGGAUAGACAAGGCUUGAGCCCUGAGAAGAGGCAGCUUAGUGUGGUUGGUGUGGUGAAGGUUGCUGUCAGGAGUUUAUCAAUGCAUGUUGGAUCUUCAAAGUCAUAGGAUGAUUAUUUAUUACUCAUAAUAUGCCGACUUUCCAAAAUAUUAUUACCCGUUCACAAAAUUAUCAAUCUCAACUGAUUGAUCGUUGAGAUGAUAUGAGCACAAAAUACUGAUUUAUGUAAUCCAUAGUGUCCAAGAAAUUAUAAGAAAAACAUUCUACUAUCGAUAAAUAAAUUAAAUGUGUUCUCUCCCAUGUGCCUGUCAGCUGUAUU